AUGGCCUUCCCAACCGCCCCCAUCGUCGCUCAGACCUCACGGCUCUACUCCCAACGCGCUGGUCCCUCGAAAGGCUCGGCUCUCGGCGUCGCAUUCAUCAUGGGCUACUGCUGCGUGGCAUUCAGUGCGCCGUUUGCUGGUGCGGCGGUGGUGAGUCAGAGGAUCGUCGAGGACAAGCGGUAUGCCAAACUACGGCCACUCAGCUUCCGUGAUUGUCUUCCUGGCUCGAACCUCGACGACUAUGCUGGCGUGAUCCGGAGAUGA